CACGCGCAUUGAACAAUCUCACUAGUGUUGGUUGGUGUUGUCUGCAUGGACUACACUUGAAAAUAAAUGAAACCAUUACAUUUUCUUUCCAAAUAACCGUCCUGUGAAUUACUUUAUACUACGUGCAAGCGUACUCACCACUUUACUGCGUGUGGAUAAUGGCGUAGUGAAAGGAGAUCGCAUAGGGUGUUAUGGCUAAUGUUAGCUUGCUAAACUAAGCUUCGGUUAGGGUCCGAAGAUAUUAUCAAGCUGGCCUCAACCCGAGGCCAAUUGGCCUUCCUAACUGAGUAAAAGUAGCGCAAGGAUGUCGGAAUCAGACAGUGAUGAAGACCAAGACCGCCCCUUCUCUCUCACUGGCUUCCUCUUCGGGAACAUCAAUGAAGAUGGUCAGCUGGAGGGAGACAGCGUGCUGGACACUGAAUCCAAAAAGCACUUGGCUGGCCUGGGCUCCCUGGGACUGGGCAACCUCAUCACAGAGAUCACUGCUAGUGAGGAGGACGAUCUGGACGAGGAUGGAGAGACAGGGGGCACAGACUCAGAGGGCUGGGUGAAGAACGAUGCCGAUGCAGUUGAUUAUUCUGACAUCAACGAGGUGGCUGAAGAUGAGACUAAGAAGUAUCGUCAGGCCAUGGGAAGCCUGCAGCCUACCAGGAGAACAGAUGAUGAGGAUGACUAUGAUGCGGAUUGUGAGGAUAUUGAUGCCAAGCUUAUGCCCCCUCCACCUCCUCCAUGUCUUCCCACGCCUGGUGGCAAGAAAGACGACUCCUCUCCCACGUCUGCAAGUGUUGGGGAUGAAGGAGAUGGGAUCAUCCUGCCCUCCAUCAUCGCUCCUUCCUCUCUGGUAGACAAAGUGGACUUCAGCAGUUCCUCAGACUCUGAAUCGGAGACAGACCGGCCCUCUGCAGGCCCUGGGUCAGGGGGUUCUCCAGCCUGCCUCAGCCUGCCCCUGGCUGGCAUCAUGCAGAAGGAUGCUGCCAAAGCCCUACCUGGCGUCACACAGCUCUUCCCAGAGUUCAGGCCUGGAAGGGUGCUGCGGUUCCUUCGACUGUUUGGCCCUGGGAAGAACAUGCCGUCGGUGUGGCGGAGCGCACGGAGAAAGAGGAAGAGGAAGCACCGCGACCCUCAGCCAGGGACACCCCCACCAGAGGGCGCUGAGCCCAUGGAGCAGCAGGGACCAGAGAAGAAGUCUGGCUGGGACUAUGAAUACGCCCCACCUCCACCCCCAGAACAGUGCAUGUCUGACGACGAGAUCACCAUGAUGGCCCCAAUAGAGUCCAAGUUCUCCCAGACCUCUGGAGACGGGGACAAGGUGGCAGAGUCCAGGCCCAAGGUGGCAGAGUGGCGCUACGGUCCGGCCCAGCUCUGGUACGACAUGAUGGGGGUCCCUGACGAUGGCAGUGGCUUCCACUACGGCUUCAGACUGAAGGAGGAGGACGACGAUGAGCAGGAGAAACGGGAGAGGCCAGAACCACCGCCACCUUUACAACAUCCCAAAGAGGAUGGCAGUGGUGACGAGAAGGACAAACAGGCCCUGGAGAAUGAGCUCUUCCUGAUGGUCACCCAGCUUCAGUGGGAGGACGACAUCAUUUGGAACGGAGAGGACGUGAAACACAAGGGCACUAAGACCCAGCGAGCCAGUCUGGCAGGGUGGCUGCCUUCCAGCAUGACCCGCAACGCCAAUGCCUACAACGCACAGCAGGGUAUUCAUGAUGUCUAUCUACACUCUACAGGUCUGAGUAGGAGUAACUCUCAGCUGGUGCCCCCCACUCCUCCACCCAUGCCCAAAGCCCCUUCCAUCGGCUCUGGCUCCAAGAGGGACAAACACCACCACGACCAUCAUGCCACUCAUGAAGACGAUGCCCCCUGGUUCUCCAUCUUCCCCAUUGACAACGAGGAGCUGGUGUACGGGCGCUGGGAGGACAACAUCAUCUGGGACGACCAGGCCAUGGACCGCAUGCUUUCACCCCCUGUCCUCACCCUGGACCCCAACGAUGAGAACAUCAUUUUAGAAAUCCCAGAUGAGAAGGAGUCUGAGUGUAUGUCCCACUCUCCGUCCAAGGAGAACAAGAAGGAGUCAUCACUAAAGAAGAGUCGCAUCUUGUUGGGGAAGACUGGGGUCAUAAAGGAUGAGCCUCAACAGAACAUGUCCCAGCCUGAGGUGAAGGACCCAUGGAACCUGUCCAAUGAUGAGUUCUAUUAUCCUAAGCAGCAAGGCCUGAGGGGCACCUUCGGUGGCAACAUCAUUCAGCACUCCAUCCCUGCAGUGGAGCUGAGGCAGCCGUUCUUCCCUACUCACAUGGGACCCAUGAAGCUGCGCGGGUUCCACCGGCCCUCUCUGAAGAAGUACUCAUUCGGGACGUUGUCCCAGCCAGGUCCCCACGCAGCCCAGCCCCUACUCAAACAGAUCAAGAAGAAGGCCAAGAUGCGAGAGCAAGAGCGCCAGGCUUCCGGUGGAGGUGACAUGUUCUUCAUGCGUACAGCUCAGGACCUGACAGGGAAAGACGGAGACCUGAUUCUGGCAGAGUACAGCGAGGAAUAUCCUCCACUCAUCAUGCAAGUCGGCAUGGCAACCAAGAUCAAGAACUACUACAAGAGAAAACCAGGGAAGGACCCUGGAGCUCCAGACUGUAAGUACGGAGAGACCGUGUACUGCCACACCUCACCGUUCCUGGGAUCCCUGCACCCCGGACAGCUGCUGCCGGCUUUUGAGAACAACCUUUUCCGUGCCCCCAUCUACCUCCACAAGAUGCCAGAGACAGAUUUCCUGGUGCUGCGUACACGGCAGGGCUACUUCAUUAGAGAGCUGGUAGACAUCUUUGUGGUCGGCCAGCAGUGUCCCCUCUAUGAGGUCCCUGGACCCAACUCCAAACGAGCCAACACCCAUAUCAGAGACUUCUUGCAGGUGUUUAUCUAUCGGUUGUUCUGGAAGAGUAAAGAUCGUCCUAGGAGAAUCCGCAUGGAGGACAUAAAGAAAGCUUUCCCCUCACAUUCAGAAAGCAGCAUCCGCAAACGCCUAAAACUCUGUGCUGACUUUAAGCGUACAGGGAUGGACUCUAACUGGUGGGUGCUGAAGCCUGACUUCAGGCUGCCUACUGAGGAGGAGAUCAGGGCCAUGGUGUCUCCAGAGCAGUGCUGUGCCUACUACAGCAUGCUGGUGGCAGAGCAGAGACUGAAGGAUGCUGGAUAUGGUGAAAAGUCCUUCUUUGCCCCAGAGGAAGAGAACGAGGAAGACUUCCAGAUGAAGAUUGAUGAUGAGGUCCGCACAGCCCCUUGGAACACGACGCGAGCCUUCAUCGCUGCCAUGAAGGGGAAGUGUCUGCUGGAGGUCAUGGGGGUGGCCGACCCCACAGGCUGUGGAGAGGGAUUCUCUUACGUCAAAGUGCCCAACAAGCCCACUCAACAAAAGGCCCAAGACGACCGGGAACCACAACCCGCUAAGAAGACUGUGACAGGGACAGACGCUGAUCUGAGAAGACUGUCACUCAAAAACGCCAAGCAGCUGCUGCGCAAGUUCGGUGUUCCAGAGGAGGAGAUAAAGAAGCUGUCUCGUUGGGAGGUGAUUGACGUGGUGAGGACCAUGUCCACAGAGCAGGCCCGCUCUGGCGAGGGGCCAAUGAGCAAGUUUGCCCGUGGGUCCCGCUUCUCUGUAGCCGAACACCAGGAACGCUACAAGGAGGAGUGCCAGAGGAUCUUUGACCUGCAGAACAAAGUAUUGGAUUCCACAGAGGUCCUGUCCACAGACACAGACAGCAGCUCAGCGGAGGACAGUGACUUUGAGGAGAUGGGGAAGAACAUUGAGAACAUGCUGCAGAACAAGAAGACCAGCUCCCAGCUGUCCAGAGAGAAGGAGGAGCAGGAGAGGAAGGAGCUGCAGAGGAUGUUGAUGGGAGAGGAGAGCGACCGCGACCACAAGGGACGCAAGGGCUUCUCCAGUGCCUUGUCCACAGGCUCCCAUAAAGAUGACGACACGUCCUCGGUCACCAGCCUGAACUCGUCCGCUACGGGACGGCGCCUCAAAAUCUACCGCACCUUCAGGGACGAAGAUGGCAAGGAGUAUGUCCGCUGUGAGACGGUCCGCAAACCCUCCGUCAUAGACGCCUACACCAGGAUCAGAACCACCAAGGAUGAUGAGUUCAUAAGAAAGUUUGCUGUGUUUGACGAGCAACACAGAGAGGAGAUGAGGAAGGAACGGAGGAGGAUCCAGGAACAGCUGAGGAGGCUGAAGAGGAACCAGGAGAAGGACCGGUUCAAGGGCCCCCCGGAGAAGAAGGCCAAGAAGGUCAAGGAGAGGCCAGACCUCAAGGUAAAACUGAAGUGCGGAGCUUGCGGUGCCAUUGGGCACAUGCGAACCAACAAGUUCUGCCCGCUAUACUACCAGACCAACGCCCCGCCCUCCAACCCGGUUGCCAUGACAGAGGAGCAAGAGGAGGAGCUGGAGAAGACUGUCAUCCACAACGACAACGAGGAACUCAUCAAGGUGGAGGGAACCAAGAUCGUCCUCGGCAAGCAGCUUAUCGAGAGUGCUGAUGAGGUGCGCAGGAAGUCCCUGGUUCUGAAGUUCCCCAAACAGCAUCUUCCCCCCAAGAAGAAGAGACGUGUGGGGACCACUGUACACUGUGACUACCUCAAUAGGCCCCACAAAUCCAUCCACCGCCGACGCACUGACCCCAUGGUCACCCUGUCCUCAGUCCUGGAGAGCGUCAUUAAUGACAUGCGGGAUCACCCUAAUACGUACCCCUUCCACACGCCGGUCAAUGCCAAGGUGGUGAAAGACUACUAUAAGGUCAUCCCUCGUCCCAUGGAUCUGCAGACGCUACGGGAGAAUGUGCGCAAGCGUGUGUACCCCUCCCGGGAGGAGUUCAGAGAGAACGUGGAGCUCAUCAUCAAGAACAGCGCCACAUACAAUGGUGCCAAACAUCCAAUAACCCAGGUGGCGCAGACAAUGCUGGACCUUUGUGAUGAGAAACUGAAAGAGAAGGAAGACAGGCUGGUGAGACUGGAGAAAGCCAUCAACCCCCUGCUGGACGAUGACGACCAGGUAGCCUUCUCCUUCAUCCUGGACAACAUCGUCACUCAGAAGAUGAUGGCCGUGCCUGACUCUUGGCCGUUCCACCAUCCAGUCAACAAGAAGUUUGUUCCAGAUUACUACAAAGUGAUAGUCCAACCCAUGGACCUGGAGAAUGUCCGCAAGAACAUAUCCAAACACAAGUACCAGAACCGGGAUGUGUUCCUGUUUGACGUCAGCCUGGUCCACACCAACAGUGUCAAGUACAACGGUCCAGACAGCCCUUACACCAAGACGGCCCUGGAGAUAGUCAGCGUGUGCAAGCAGACCCUGGCAGAGUAUGAUGAGCACCUGACCCAGCUGGAGAAGGACAUCUCCACAGCUAAAGAGGCAGCUCUGGAUGCAGCAGACCUGGAUUGCCUGGACCCCAUGACUCCUGGAACCUACACAUCACAGGGUCGUCAUAGAAGACUAGGAGAGGAGGAGUCGGACGUGGACAUCGAAGGCUUCGAGGAGGAGGAGUAUGACUGCAAGCCCAAGACACCAGCUCCUGCUGAGGAUGGUGAGGGAGACCUGGAGGAUGAGGAUGAUGAAGAGGAGAUGCUGUUGCCGCCGCCCCGCAGACGACUGCAGGGCCACAAUGAUGAUGAUUAUGAAGAGGAUGAAGGCUCCAGUCGGCCAGCCCAGGCCAGUGUGCUGUACCAGGACCUGCUCAUGUCAGACGGAGAGGAUGACGCCAGCGAAGAGGAGGGAGAUAACCCGUUCUCCUCGAUCCACCUGUCAGAGAGUGGCAGCGACUCAGACAGAGAGGUGGAAGUGCGCCCCCCGCCCCCUCCCAGACCCCACCAAGAGACGGCCCGCAUGGGCCUGGAGCAGGACGACAGCAUGAUGUCAUACGGGGAAGAGGUGCCGGAUGAGACCCACCUGGAGGACAGUAAUGUCAGUUAUGGGAGCUAUGAGGAGCCGGAGGGUCAGACCCAGAACUCCAGCAUGGGCAAUGGAGAAGGCUACGGCAUGAGUGAGGAAGAGGAGGAAGAUGAAGAGGCAGCUCGGAGGAGAGGUCCCAGUGUGCUUUCCCAGGUGCAGCUGAGUGAGGAUGAGGAGGACAGUGAAGAGUUCAGGUCCAUCGGGGGUGACAGUGACAUGGACUCAGACAACUAGAGAAGUGUUCCACCACACACACACACACACACACACACACACACACACACACACACACACACACACUUAAAGACGCAAAUGUGCUCUACAAUCAUUAUAACAGACAGAUCCACAUCCAUACACGUGAGUUCUGGCUCACUAAAUGAAUACACCUUAAACUUGCAGGCUGAAUUCCAAUCACGUAUUGUCAUCACAACUUUAUCUCAUGUCAGUCAAUCCCCCAAUGAUAGUUAAGACUGUUUGCUGUUCAGUCAUUACCACACCUAUGAAGUCUCUAUGAUAAACUCCUGUGAGAUCAAUGUUGUACAAAAUGUUCAAUCAAACUGAAGUGAGCUUGUUUAUCUAUAAUGGCAGGAUUAAAUUGGAGUUGAUGCUUUAAGUCAAUGUUUUCUACUGGUUAUGCUCUUUUCAGUGUACCGACACAUGUAUAUAUUUUUUUACAAUUGAAUAAUGUUUUAUUUUAAGGUUGUGCAGAACUUUGGCCAAAAUGAAAAUAUUUGAAUAGUCACCUUUGACAAUUGUUUGUUUUCAGUGCCAGGUCUCAUCUCAACCUUUUGUCUUGAGACACCGGGUUGAGUGAUCGAACAAUACUGUUAUUCCCCAUUAACUAUUAUGAUUGCAGCCUGGAUUUUCAGGCAUUUGAGAUGUUUCCAGCACUGUUACUAGGAAACUCUCAAACUUCCAAGAAGAUCCUAAAUAAAAACCAGAGAUAAGGCCAUCAUCUUUUCAUUGUUUGUUUUUGGGGAUAAAUGUUAGCUGUAUCUGAUGUAACCACGUUGAAGUUGUCCUUUCGUGUUAUGCUGUGUUGCUUAUCGAAAGUAAGAGGCACUGUUGAAUACCAAUCUGCAGUAACACAUUAACCAUAAUAUUAAAUGUUAUUACAGAA